AUGUUUAAGAGAUUGACUCUUCCACAACUGGUUUUUGCUACUGUCCUUGGAAUUGCUGGAGGAGUAUAUAUUUAUCAUCCAAUAUUUGAACAGUUGGCCAAAGAUCAGAAGGAAUUAAAAGAAAAGUUGCAGUUGGUACAAGAAUCAGAAAAGAAAAGUUAAUACUACAUGGAGUUGAACUGUAAUAAUUGCUUAAAGUUCCAUUGUAAUUAUGUUAACUGAAAAUAAUCUAGCAAAAACAUAGAUGUAUUUUAAUAUAAAUAAAUCAUGGAUAAUGAUUUUUUAACCUGA